ACUAAUAAAUUUCACUUGUAUGUAAUAGUACUUGAAGAGAGUAAUCUCAUUAAUGACCUAGUUUAUGACGCGUCACUAUAACCUACUUUAAGUCAGUGGUGAAGAGGUGAAAGGAGCAAGUCAAGUUAGAGAAACUUUUUUCGAGUGGCCUCCUGCGAGUUUCCCAGGAAAACUUCAAGAUUUCUCCCCACGGAUCGUAUUGCUGGUUAAACAGAAACCGCCCAGGAUCUGCAGAUACCCCAGGGACGCGGAAUUUGUUCACUUAAACGGGGUCUGGGACGAUUAAAAACAUGGCUCAACAACCCGAAGGCAACAGGCAAGUCGGGUCAACUCAGCCCAUCGUCCAUGUUCGUGAGAACUCCAACCAAGAAUUAGACGCUCUGUUUGACGUUCUUAAUAAACAGCCCCUUCAGCCACAGAGAUCAUGGAAGGAGAGGGGUCUGCCUCCAUCGUUUUUUAACCCCAGUGUCCAGCGGACAGGUAACCACAGCCGGGAGUCCAGUACGGACUCGAUGACCAGUGGUUAUCACAGUCUGGCCCAGGGAGGGCCUGGAGGAAUGAUGCCCCUCCACCAAAAGACGCUGUCCAGCCCGGCUGUACUGGGCGGGCACUUGUCUGUGGCCCCCCAGCAGCCGCCUGCACGACACCACGUCAGACAGUCAAGUCUGGGGGACCCUAUCGCUGACGACAGCCCCCUGGGUCUCCCCCCGGGCUGGGACAUGGCACGAACCCCCAGUGGACAGCCCUACUACAUCAACCACAUCGACAAAACCACCACAUGGCACGACCCACGGAAGUCAGUGAGCAGUAUGAACCUGAGCCACCACUCGACCCCGCCCCCCUCUCACCAGUCCCCCAAUGUAUCUAUGCAGAACCUGGGGCCUCUUCCCCCAGGGUGGGAACAGGCCGCGACGCCAGAGGGAGAAAUCUACUUUAUUAAUCACAAUGAUCGCAAUACAAGCUGGUUUGACCCCAGGAUACCCAUGCAUCUGCAGCAGCCAGCAAUGAACCUGCAGCAGAAACAUCAGAGAUCACUUCCUCCACAGAUGCAUCAAUUACAGCAACAGCAUCAACAACAGCAGCAGCAACAACAACAGGCAGCGCAGCAACAGCAACCUCGGCAGUUACCUUCCCCACAAAUGACAGGGCCUAAUGGCCGACAGAGAACGCUACAGGAGCUCCAGCGAGAAGAGGCGCUGUUAAAAAGACGACAAGAAGAGAUUACAAAACAAGUACAGGUGCAAGAGAUGAUGCUGCGGCAACACGGGAUGAAGAGCGAGCUGGCAGUUAGUAAUACGGGGGUCGACCCGUUCCUGAAUCAGGGCUCCUCAGAUUACCACGCCAGACAGGAGAGCGGAGACAGCGGUUUAGGUGGGAUGGGGACAAACUAUAGCUUACCAAGAACUCCAGAAGAUCUCCUGGGUAACAUGGACGAUAUGGACACGUCAGAAGGAGGUCACAAACUACAGCCUCAGCAAAUGGAAUUUGGCCACGAUAACAUGACCCUCGGCAACAUGGGGGAGAGCGACGAAACUUCCAAUAUGGACAGCGAUGAUCUGGUGCCUAGUCUGAGGGAGGAUAUUAGCAAUGAACUGUUAAAUGACAUGGAGAGUGUUCUGAAUGGCCAGGACAGUCUACAGACCCUCACAUGGCUGUGAAACUACUCACUACAUAAAACUAAGAACAAAGAUCUUCAACUUGUAAUAUAGUAUUAUUAUUAUCAUUAUUAUAGUGGAGAAUGGAAGUUUUCUUUUGAAGCACCAAAUGAGUAAUUCACUCAAAGUCAGAUUUUUAUUAUUUUAUCUAUCUUUUAGAAGUAGUUGUUGUAUUUUUGUAACAGAAUGAAGCUUAACUUAUCUAUUUUGUAAGAGCAAAUUGUUAUUUUUUAUCAAAAUUAUGAUAUUUCAUCAUGGAGUUUGUGGCUCUUCUUGACCGCUUUCAAGACACUGGUGUCAUCUAAUGGUGAUAUAAAAAAGUUAAGUUUAGGACAGGUAUGACACAUUCAGAAGGAAAAAAAUGAUAUUGGGGUGGAUUAAUUGGCAGUUCUACUUAUAACGGUGCUAUACUAUUGUCAUAAUUCCUGGUUUACCCAGUUUGAGGCUGUCGAGUGGAGUCUGCAGGUUUUAUCACUGAUUUGCUCUUACAGUAUGGAUAAUGCUCUCAUGGGAACCUCCAAUCAUGUGUGUAGAUAUGUAAAGAGAAAAUAAUACAAAAAGGGAAACACACCAAAGUGACAAAAAGGCAACACGUAAAACAAUUUCAAAAGGAUAGCCUUUGAAUAGAUUCCCUGCAGUUGAUGGAAAGAAAAACUGGUUUAACAGGCGUUUUGUUAUAAGACAGCCAUGUACCACCUCUGUGUAAAUAUAACUGCACUGGUUUCAUCUUAUAAAUAUGAACAAAUAGUUUUGAAGAGAGUGAAAAUUUGGAAGUUUUGUUGUUGUGGGAGUGAACUCUGAGAGGCAAGCAGACUGUUCUUACAUACAUACAAGUAUUUAUACACUAUUUUCACCAUUGUAAGAAUAAAAUCAGAUGUACUAUAUAAUGUCAGUUGAUAGGGCAGAAAUGGGGAGGGAUUAGCUCUCCUUUUUUUUAUGAAAAUGACAGUUACGGUGUUUGCUGGUGUUUUUAAGAAAGGGUAAAAUUCAGUGAAAAAAGAAUGCCCAGUUAAGCCCCCACCUUCACUUAAAAUAAUAGAACAGAGUUAUUGAUUACCACUUACCUCUUUAAUACUAGCAUAGCUUCCUGUUUUUCGCAGACAUGAGCCCAUGUUUGAGAACACAAAACAUUUAUUGGGGAACCAAACACCUUACG